ACAGAGCGCCACCCUGCCCUAGUACACCAGUUCCCUACAAACCUCCAAAAGUGGGGGGCCUCUUCUCGAUCUGGUGGUUCCCCUGGCUGCCUAGUGCACAAGCCAUCUUUGGUUCUCAGAUGUGUCCCCCUCUUACAUGCCUCAGCCAACCCAAGUCAUGUUUUGAACUAAUGGUGGGGAGGGUUGGGCUUUUUUUUUUUUUUUAAUGGUUGUUGCUGGCUGAUUUUUUAGUUUCCUUCUUCUUCUUCUUCUUCUUCUUCUUCUUCUUCUUCUUCUUCUUCUUCUUCUUCUUCUUCUUCUUCUUCCUCUUCUUCCUCCUCCUCCUCCUCCUCCUCUCCUCCUCCUCCUCCUCCUUCUUCUUCUUCAUUCACCUUUUGUUCUUGUCUUCACAGAGUCAAAGCAUCAGGUCCCCUGUGGGCUUUUCCAGAAAGGUGAGUCUGAGAUGAUUAAGAGGCCCCCUCCUUUAAAAAAAAAGAAGAAGAAGCUUGGGAGGGGACGGGGAGAGGAAAAAGACAUGAAGGGGAGAAGGGGUGGGCCUUUGGCCACUAUGUGCAUAAAAAGCUGUCUCCAGUCGCUUUACCCCAGCCCUGAAGCCAGUCUUGAGGGGUUGGAGUAGAUGCUGGAAGACAGAACCCUAGUUUGGAGGGAAGCAGGGGCUGGAAGUCUCACCGUGACCUGUCAGGACAAAACCUCGGGGCUGGUCUCCCCUGCUGAUUGCUGCUUGGAGGGGGGGGACCCAAUAAGGUGAAGAAAUACAGCUGCCAAUUCUUAGACAACUUGAAAAGCCUCACAGAUUUCAAGCCCUCAGAAGAUUCUCAAAAUCCUGGAGCCUCCCUAUCAUCGCAUUCUAGCAUUUUAAACCUGAGACCACUGGACAGUUCGAAGCUCAGCAAGAAGGGAAGCAGCUUUCCCCCCCCCCCAUCCUCAGCUCUAUGAACUUGGGGCAAGUUGUUCAGCUACUUCACGCCUCUGUUGGCUCUGUCUGUGUAAUACUGACCAUGAUGCCAAGUUGGAUCAUCGCUAAAGGAAAAGGGCUACGGUGAGGAGUGAAUGGAGUUGUUGAUAAGAAGUGUCCAGCACUGUCUGGUGGACACAUGGAAUGGAAACUUUGAGAUAAGUAUCAGCUGUGGAGAUGAUAGCAGACACUUGGAGGUCGACAGACUUAGAAAGUAGGAUGUCUGCAGGGAGGAAGUUGAAAAGGCUGAGGCUUUCAGAAACACCGGUUCCUGCUGUCCCUGUGUGCAACUGGUAUGGGAUCUCAAGGACUUAGGGUGAGGCUGGAGGCCGGUUUGGGUUCUUCUCACUAGGAUGACUUCUGGGACAGAACUCUUGGACCCUAAAUAAGACUUGACUCCAUUUCUUACUCACUGAUGCUCAGUGAUUCUCAGGCUCUUCAAUUCUGUGACUUAGAGGGCAUAGGAUGAACCUCCUGUUUAGUUUGUUUGUUUGUUCUUUUUGUUUUUUAUUUUCUCCAUGAUGUAACUUAACUUCCAUGUCCCUCACCCUCUGUGGGGAGACAGGUUGCAGAAGUACCCAGAACUCCCUCUCUUUGGGCAGUAAAAGCAGUAAUGACCAUGUCGGUUCAACCUGUGGGGAAAUGGAGGCCUGAAUCAGGCCUACCUUUGGACACAGACCCAAUGCCCAACCCCAGACCAGCCAAGCCCUUGCCCCCUUCCUUGACCCUCAGCCCAUCAUCAGGAGCUGCAGCCAGCUGGAGGACUGCACCGAAGACUUCAGAUGUGCUGGGACCCAAGGGCCCAGGAGCCACCUUCCAGGGCCGAGACCUCCGAGCUGGGGCCUAUGCCUCUUCCUCUUCUGCUUCCUCCUCCUUGAACCCUACGACCCCAUCACAGCUGCAGCUGCCCACAGUGCCCCUGGUCAUGGUGGCACCUUCUGGAACCCGGCUGGGCCCUUCACCCCACCUGCAGGCACUCCUUCAGGACCGGCCACACUUCGUGCACCAGCGCUCCCAGGUGGACGCUCAUGCCCGGACCCCUGUGCUGCAGGUGCGCCCACUGGACGGCCCGGCCAUGAUCAAUCUCUCACCACCUGCCACCACCACCGGGGUCUUCUCCCUCAAGGCUCGGCCUGGCCUGCCACCUGGGAUCAACGUGGCCAGCCUGGAGUGGGUGUCCAGAGAGCCAACCUUGCUCUGCGCCUUCCCAGGCUCCAGCGCACCCCGGAAGGAGAAUGCCUUAUCCGCCAUGCCCCAGGGCUCCUACUCUCUGCUGGCCAAUGGCGUCUGCAAGUGGCCCGGAUGUGAGAAGGUCUUCGAGGAGCCAGAGGAAUUCCUCAAGCACUGCCAGACAGACCAUCUCUUGGACGAAAAGGGCAGAGCUCAGUGUCUCCUCCAGAGGAAGGUGGUGCAGUCUCUGGAGCAGCAGCUGGCACUGGAGAAGGAGAAACUGGGCGCCAUGCAAGCCCACCUGGCUGGGAAAAUGGCACUGACCAAGGCUCCACCCACGGCUUCAUCUGACAAGGGCUCCUGCUGCAUCGUAGCCACUGGCAACCCAGGCCCCACAGUCGCAGCCUGGCCUGGCCCCCAGGAAGCCCCUGAAGGGCUGUUUGCUGUGAGGAGGCACCUCUGGGGCAGCCAUGCUAACAACACAUUCCCAGAGUUCUUCCACAACAUGGACUACUUCAAGUUCCAUAACAUGCGGCCCCCGUUCACCUAUGCCACCCUCAUCCGCUGGGCCAUCCUGGAGUCUCCGGAGAAGCAGCGGACGCUCAAUGAGAUCUAUCACUGGUUCACGCGCAUGUUUGCCUUCUUCAGAAACCACCCAGCCACCUGGAAGAAUGCCAUCCGCCAUAACCUCAGCCUGCACAAGUGCUUCGUGCGGGUGGAGAGCGAGAAGGGGGCCGUGUGGACCGUGGAUGAGUUUGAGUUUCGAAAGAAGAGGAGUCAGAGGCCCAGCAAGUGUUCCAACCCCACCCCUGGCCCUUGACCUCAAGACUGGUGAAAGGAAGGGUGGACAGGGGCCAAAAUGAGGGGUAGAAAAUGGCCAGGGGGCAAAGGGGUGAUGCCAGGCCCUUGGCCAUACCUGAGGGGAUCAAGAAGUGGGGUGUGUACUGUUCUGCAGCCGCCCACCCCCCCCCCUGGAGUGUCUGAUGUGAGCCAAGAUGGCCCUGACCCCCUGUACACCCUUUUUCACCAGUUAAGUCUAUAGACCCAACCAUGCACACUGCCUGCCUUGGUCAGUCUCACAGUUCACACAGCUAGGAAAGUCAUACAGACUUUCCCCUAGACUCCACGUGGACCCUAGACACAGCUGGUCACAGUAUACUUGAACAACGUCAGGCCUGAGUUCACUCGGCCAAUCCCAAGCUCAACCCAGCCAUCCCUUGCAGAGUCACAUCAGAUGCCCUGAAACACAGGUAAUGUGUUGCCUUUGAGACCUUGGGUCUCCCCAAGUACCACAGACACAAAGCUGUCACACAUGGCCUCACACAGUGUAAGCCAUAUGCUCAGUUACAUGGCCCCUAGAUCUCACCUGGGCACUUAGGUGCCCCAGAGGGCCCUCUCCUAGUCCUGUGCAGAUGUGCAGGGCCACACAAAGGCAUCCCAUGUCUUAUCUGCCCCCCUCCCCCUGCUCCCUUCCUCCACCCUGAGUCUUGGGUCCUCAUCCAGACCUUGAUUUAGAUGGUACACAGAACCCUUCCUUUAUUUGCGAUCAAAGGCCCAGUCUACAUCCUCCUCCCAAUAAACCGUAUCCGAGCUCA